UGCAGGAAAUUUCCCCAUUCACACCAUAUAAUUACAUUUCUUUGAACCCUCUCUCUUGAAAUCACAAACACUCUCUUCUCAAUUCAAAAACUUAUCCCCCUUUUCUCAAACACAAAUCCAACUAAGAAAUGGGAUUCUCAAAGAAGCAUCAAAUCCAAAUGGACAAAGAUUCAGAGCCCAAGAAAUGGGUGAUAGCCGGAGUCGCAAUCAGGGCUCCGUUAAAGCCCAUUUCCACAAAGCCCUGCGCUGAAGACCAAGGCGGCGGGGGCGCCACCACCCCGACGGCGCGCGAGUCGAGGAUACCGGAGAAGCUGCCCUGCCCGCCGCCGCCGAGGAAGCGCCGCCCCGCCUCCACGUGUCACUUCAACGGAGGGAGAGAGUUCUUCAAUCCACCCGACCUUGAAUCCAUAUUCAUGUGCCACGCUGGCAGAGCCAAGUAAUUAAUUAAUUAAAUUAUGUUUUAUGUUUUUUUUUAUAAUUUUCUUGGACUUUCAGUUUGUACUAGUUUCUUAGCAGGUUAGGAGAUUUCAGAAGUUAGUAGUUUGGUUAAGUAGUUUUUUUUUUAUAUAGUAAUAAUGUUAUGUACAAAUGAAAUGUACAAUAUUUUUGGGCA